AUGGCAUCUUCUACCACUGGUAAACCUGUUAUUGAUCGAACUGUAUUCGAAGCUUAUACACAACUUCGAGCGAUUGCUAAGAAAUACAAUGUCGAAGACAAACUCGAAGUACCUCAAUUGGUUCUUGUCGGUGAAACAUCAACUGGAAAAUCAAUGCUCGUACAAAAUUUUCUUCGAUUUCCUUGUUCAUUCUCUCAGACAGGAGUUGCAACACGUUGUCCAGUAGCUUAUCGACUUGUCUACAAUCCAACGUUACCAAUUGGUGAACUUCGUAUUAUUCAACCAAGAGGUAUUACUCCCCCUCAACUAGCAAAUUAUUUAGAAAAAUUAAUGAAACAUAUUCAAGAAGAAUGUUCCGCAACAGGUGGCUUUCGAUUAGAACCCGAAUGGAUCGAAAUUGAAAGUGCUGAAUAUACGGAUUUUGAAAUUCUUGAUCUGCCCGGUCUAGUUGGUGGUGAUAAAGUGGCUGAAAACCGAAAAGCAGUAGAGAAAAUAGCUGAAGCUUUUGUACGUAAUCCUCGAUUCUCAAUUGUUCUAUUGAAAGAGACAACACAAAUUACUGAUAAUAGUCAUGGAGCACGUGUCAUUGAUGAACUCUGUAAGAAACAAAUAAGUUCUGAUUCCUCUUUAUCGGCACGACCCAAUUACCAGGAGAAUAUGAUCACUAUUCAUACGAAAUUUGACUCGUUUAUGUUGAAUUUUACUAAUGGAACUGCAGCCAAUAAUGAAAUGUCAAAACAAUUGCAAGAUUUUGGUCCUUCUUUCUUCACUAAUAUGAUUUUUGACGGAUAUUUAAUGGUAGAACGAUCGUUUGAUGAUAAUGUUGCCUAUCUUAGGGAUUUACCACGUCGAGAACAACAAGAAAUAGACAGAUGGAUUCAGAAAAUGAAUCAAAAGAGUGGUGAAUCAGCGGAUGAUUAUCAACGUUUCGAUGAAAAAUAUCGAAAAAUUAUUGGCAUCGACGCUGUACGAAAUCAAAUUCAAUCACUCUGGCUCAAAUCAUUUCGUUCUGCACUACCGAAAUUAAGAGAGAAAAUUCAAGAUGAACUUGACAAAGCUCAAUAUCAAUACGACGAGGAACAAGAACGAUACAAACUACUCGAUCCUCGAGCUCUUCGAGAUACCUAUAAAAAUUAUAUUCGUGAUUUCCACAAGAUUCUUUGUCAAUAUGCAAGCUACCGGUCGGAAGUCGACUUUAUUUUUACACUUGAACAAUGUGGUAAGACAUAUGAGGAAAUUGAAAAUUCCUAUAAUGAAUGGCCUCGCAAGAAAACAAUCAUUUGGCGAGCAUAUUUAAGUGUAAACGAUUUGAAACGGUUACAUCCCGACGAAUGUGAACUGAUCAAUGCACGUUAUGUUGGUUGUCGUCAUUUUGCGCGACUUCACAAUCUCUUUUCAUAUAUGAUUCUAAAUUUUAAACCACGAGAACCAACUCGAGAUUGGAUUGAAUCAGCUGCUUCACUUUUAACUUCGGGAACAACAGAUUUUGAUGAUUUGGAAAAAGCUGUUCGAGAUAUUCUUCGUACGCUCUUACGUGAAACUUCUCUUAUGGGUAUUUGUUGGCUAACACAAAUGUAUUCCUAUAUAUUGAACAUGUUUAGAAUUCAUGUUAAACGAUAUCUUCUUAGCGAUCAGAAAUAUCCAAUGUUACGCGAUCACUAUAUAUUUCUUAAUGCAGUCGAUCUUGAAUAUCAUAUCGUUGUACGUACAAUGAUUCAUGAUGCUAUUCGUCUUAUUCGUGAUUAUCGUCAAUCGGCUAGUGCCUAUGCACAUUAUGAUAUUUUGAAACGUAUGUCACAAUUAAUGUUUUCGAUUCCACGAGCGAUUGAACAUAAAUCAUUCAAUCAACCAAUCGAUGGUAUUUUCGUAAAAAAUACAUCAAACAAUACAUAUACAGCAGCUACUUUAGCUGAUGUUUUUAAUGUAAUUCCACCACAUAAACUUCUCGAACAAAUCUAUGGUUCAGAAUCAUUUUUGACAAGUAAACGAGAUCCAUAUACAUGUAAUCAUCAUGAAAAUGCACGACGAAUAAUUAAAGAACUCUAUGCAGCAAGUUGUGGUCGACUUUUAGAAGAAAUUCGAUCUAGUUUCAAUACGAAUGUUGUAAUGAAAAUUCAUAAUUUUGAUCGAUUUUGUGUAGAACGACAUUCAGAAAAUCCUAAUCGAAUUCCUCUCGCGACACGUAUUGAUCGUAUGACGGAACGACAAAUUGCUGAAAUGUCAAAUCUAAGUUUUGAUGAAAUCAGUGAUGCAUGUCAUGCAUCGAUAGAAAAAAUUCAAGCAUUGAACGAAGCUCUUUUGUUUAUCAAUAAUGCCAUUAAUGAAAUGAAUAGUGGUAAAUAUUUGCAAAGUGAACAACGUCGAUCACGUAUAGAAGAAAUCAAUCGCAAAAGUACAAUACAUGCGGAAUAUAUACGCAAGAGACAAGAAAGUAUCGAGAAGCAUCUUCGACAACAAUAUGUUUCUCAAAGCUUUCCGAAUCGAUCUGAUGAUGAAUUGAAUGAGACUUCGAACGAUUAUAAACUCGAUGAAGAACAAAUGUUGAUGACUCAUCGUGAUCCAACAUCAGCCAGUGAAUGUCUACAUGAAAUCUAUGAUAAACACGAUAAAGAAGAUCUGAAAUAUGGAUUUCUCGAGAAUGAUCCAGAAGAUCAAGAUAGAAAUCAUUUACAUUUCGAUCUGAAUUCAACAUACUAUGAAGAGAUUUCGUCAUGUUCUAUGGGUAUGUUCAUCUUUUAG